AUGCCGAAGGCGACAGCCACACCAUCUCGGGCUCACGCUUCCUCGUCCGAGCCUCUUCGCAGUGCUCAUAUUCUCCGACGGAACCAAGCAUGCCACCAAUGUCGCAGGCGUAAACUGAAAUGCGACGCCAAGAGGCCAUGUUCAACCUGUUUGCGCUCUCAUAAAUAUGCCCUGUCCCAUGCCCCAGCGGGUGCCGAGCUACCCCCUCACCCCGAAUGCACAUAUGAUGAUAUCCCUGAAGAGGAGACCGGUAAGUUAUCUGACGAUCAGUUAAAGGUGCUGGAGAACCGCAUUAGCGAACUUGAAGCAACGUUGUACGAGAAGGACUCAUCUUCUUCUAGCCUACCACGGCCAAACGAUUUGGGCGGUCCGAAUUUUAUCUUCUCCAACGGGAACAGUCCAGACGCGUUAGCUACGGCCCAUACACCAGGAGUUGGCGUAGUCGGAUAUGACCUUUACAAUGCCAACAAGCCUUUCGAGCCAGAUCCAAGGCCGUUUCUCCCUCCGAUGCCGGUGGCAUCUGCAUUGGAUGACCUCGCAGACGUAGCCAGUCUCAUUGACAAUCCCUUGUCUUCUGCGAUAUCUGGCGCCGACAGUUCAACUACAUUGCUUGAUCCCGGAAAUCAAGUUGAUGGUCGAUCUAGUCGUUCUGCGAUGUCUUCUGGUAGUUCCAACGAAGACCUCAUGUUUCUGUCUUGGCCGCGCACGCUUCCAAGCCCUGAACUUGUUCGACAUCUCAUUGAAGCUUUCUUCUCACAUAACGUCGAUGCUGAACGCUUGUUUCACGUUCCGACAUUCUUGACAUCACUGUUGUUACCCCCUACUCAUCCUGAUUUCCCUUCGACCGGUUUGCUACAUGCGAUGUGCGCAAUGGGGAGCAUGUAUACUGCAGCUAUGCCCUCACCACCUUCCAUGGCGACCUUCGAUUUUUCUCCAUACGACCCAUUCACGGAGAAAUACAAAGUGAUUGAGGGCAGGCCCGAUUCUUUCGCCGAGUCACAGGCCAAGUUCGCGACUGUAGCCAUCGAGGACUCCGUGCAUCUGGGUGUGGACCUUUUCCAAGGUGUACAAGCUUUGAUCAUUCUAAGUUGGUGGUAUUGGGCGAACGGCAUGUGGUCAGAGGCGUACAACGGAGCCGCGAAGUCGCUACGUUCGGCCGUUCCUUGCGGGUUGAACAUUUGUCCACCCUUUCACACAAUCGCGCAAUCGUUUAAACCAGCCGCCGUCCUACACCCAGCUGCCACUGUGAUCGAGGACGAAGUGAGGCGCAACACCUUUUGGCUAGCGUAUACUUUGGAGCGGACUCAAGGGUGUGGAAAUGGAUGGGCGAUGAUGCUGGACGAUCAAGAUGUCUCACAGCUGUUGCCUCUCCGUGGCGAUCAUUUCAACAAAGGGGUGCUUGUACGUCAUGAUGACCGACAGUGGUCACACGACAACGAUGUGCUACUCGUCCAUCCUGCUGACCAAACAGAUUCGUUCAUCCUCUAUGUCAAGUCCUCCAUACUACUUUCUCGGGUCAAGAACUUCAACUGUAGAUUCCGUGCGAGACAUCAUACGAAAGAUCCAGCAACGAUGUCCCCAACUAACAGUCCAGACAACACUGGACGCUCGGACUUCACGGACAUCCGCAAGACUCCUGCGUUCAUGGAAUUGGAUGACCUUAUCAUCGCGUUCAAGGCAUCCUUCCCGCAGCAUAUGAAGGACCCAAUGGAGAGUCACGGCGUUGAUGCACAUCUUUUCAUCUCUUUGACGGCGUCACAUCUUGCACAGAUUCUGCUUCACGAAACUCACGCUAUCGUCGGACGAUCGACUUGUGUCUCGUCAAGGAAGAUCUUGACAUCUGCGCGGGCAAUCCUGGACUUGCUGCACGGCGUGUCCUCCACGAGCUACGAUCUGUCACUUCUUGGCAUAUUUCCGAUGAUCUGUUGGUACAUGGCUGGCAGAAUAUUGGUGCGAUUCAUGCGGGUCGCUAUCGAGUUAAAAGUCAAGGAACAGUGUGAUAUUCUACGAGCUGAGAUAGAUUAUAUCCGCGCAAUGAUCACUCGAGUGGGGGACCGCUUCCCCGUUGCUCUACGCUACACGAAAAUGCUCCAAGACUUCAUCACGCAGAACUGUGGUGAAGAGUAUGUGGCUUCCAUGUCUGCUGUUCAUACGUCAGCAGUACCUGACAAGUUCUCUUUCUCUGGAGGCUCGGGAGGUUUGCACGGAUCGUCGCACCCAAUACGCGCCUAA